GAGAGGAAGUCUAUUGGAAAUUUGCUUCAAAUCAGCUGGACAACUGAACAUGGCUUACAACAGAACUGAGCAGAUUUUAAAACGAAACUUAAAAGGAAAACCACGCAAUUCAAAGUUCGUUCUGUACCGUACUGUUUUUUUUUUUUUUUUUUUUUUUUUUAAUGUUUUCUUUUUUUUUAAGAAUUACACUAUCAGGAUACUGACAACUUCUAUGAAAAAAUUAGUUCUGAAGGAUAUGAUGCUACAAAAAUUACCAGUAGGAGUUGUUUCCUGCUAGUUUAGAGAUUUAAAGUAGCACAAGGGGAGUCAACGGGAAGUGAUGAGGCUGUUCGAACAUUCAUAACGUGUUAAAAAUUCAUACUUAAAAAAUAGAUCGUGUAUAUACAUAUUUAAAUUAAGUUAUUUUCUUUUCUUUUGUUAAUUUUUUUUCCUUCUGAGUGCCACGUUUGAAAUUGCGUCUGCACUUAGUUAUCCAUUCGGCAACUUACUGCAGAACGUCAGCAUUUAACUUCAGUGAACUUCAAAACAGAAACAAGAAAGAGAGCCAUCAGAUUGCUUACAAGCUGCAAAAACACGACGAGUGUUAACCUGGAAGCCACGUUUUGUCCACAUAUCACUUGAGGGAGUAAUCCGCUCCACCUCCAGCAUGCUGGACUGAAGUAGGAUGGCAUCUGCAGUGUUUGAAGGCACUUCUCUGGUGAACAUGUUCGUCAAGGAUUGCUGGGUCAAUGGGAUCCGGAGGCUUAUCAUAAGCAAAAAAGGAGACGAGGAGGAAUUCUUUGAGAUCAGGACAGAGUGGUCUGACAGAAACAUUUUAUACUUACACAGGAGUUAUUCGGACCUGGGGAGGCUUUUUAAGAGGCUACUGGAAUCCUUCCCUGAAGAUCGAAAUGAUCUUUCACAAUCACCCCUAUUAGAAGGUCUUGUCAAGAUCAAGGAGGCUCAGGACAUUGAAGCAAGAUUAAACGAAGUCGAGAGACAUCUGAAAAAUACAAUAAACAUGCCUGGGAAGUAUUCAAGGUCUGAAGUGGUACUUACUUUUUUUGAACGGUCACCAUUAGACCAAGUAUUGAAAAAUGACAAUGUUCACAAGAUUCAGCCUUGCUUUCAAAGCCCAGUAACAAUAUCAGAAAUCAUGAGGUCAAAUGGAUUUUGUUUAGCCAACACAGAGACAAUAGUCUUUGACCAUAAGAUACCCAGCGGAAAAGAGCGACACUUGUCAACGGAUUCCUCAGAACAUCUGUUUGAGAAUGGGAGCGACAAUUCCCCAGAUUUGGACAACAGUGACGAAGACCCGGAGGCAUACGUUACCAAUCUGUCCUACUACCACCUAGUCCCUUUUGAGACUGAUAUUCUGGAGUGAACCUGCGGUUGGAUAAAGCUGGAAUCAGAUAGACAGGAGUUUUUAAUGUUCUGCCUGUAAUACUUUUGGAUUUCCAUUCUUGGUAUAACAAUUAUGAGGAAUGCAAACACAAGAAGGCAUCCAUUCAGAAGGCUAAGUUGUUGUCAUAGUACACCCACUGUUUAUUUUCAGCCCUGGAAUUUAGCAAGAGCAGCCAGCUUCCUAAACUCUCCUCACAAGGAGCCAGUGCAACUUAGUGUUUACAGCUGUGACGUGGAGCCAGUAUAACAUGGAUUAAUUUCCCGGCUCUGUUAUUAUGCACUUGUUUGGAUAACAAGAGAGGACCCCAUCUUGUUUACAGAAUUCAAAGGAAAGUCUUCUGUGCUUCAAUUUACAAUUAAUAACCCUGUGUUCAUUGAUACUCCAUCUUGGUAAAUGAUAAAGAAUGGUGAAAGUCAAAGAGCUGCUGUGUUGUUCUAAGACAGAUAUUGUACUCCAUAAACUACAAGAACUAAGCUUUUGUGAGAGCACACAUUUUGCACCAGUUGUUCUUAAGGGGUUGUUUUCUGUUAGUAUUUACAGAAAUUACUGGUAUUAUUGUGACUGGGAACUAGAAAAGAUACCAGUAUGUGCUACUGUUGCUUCUGAACCAUCUUGAACGUUUACCACAAGCUUAAACUGGUGUUAACCAUUGCUGGAAAUUCUAACAAGGUUGUAAUGUUCAACCUGAAUAGUGCCACACGUAAAGGUACUUGGUAAGCUUGAGCUAUAGGCAUUUCCCUUUCAAAGCAGUAAAAACUGCUUGGUAAUGCUUUACACAUGCAUGGGAUUGAUUUAUAAUUACAGUAGUGUUCAGUCUAGAGAGCUAAAUUAAAUCAGGCCACUAUUAUAUCAUUAUAACUAUUUAAAAUAAAUGCAGCUUUUCUAUUGGCAUUUCUAUUUCAACUGGAAAUUACAAAUGGUGUAUUGAAAUGCUUCAGUAUCAUUUAAUGCAUCUGUUUUGUAUAGACGAUAAUAACAGUUAGCACAUAUACAGCUAUGGCGAAAGGCUUUGCAUUAGCCUGUAGAAUUCUGGUUCAUAAAGUCGACUAGAACUAGAACCUGCUGAAUAAUGUUAUGUUAACAUAUUGAAUUAUACACCACUUUGUAGUUUUCCAUAUAUUUAAGGAAAAACUGACAAGAAUUGAAAAAACGUGACAUUUCAAAAUCUAACAUAAUACUGUACUACUAUUACAGCUUCCAAUAGACUUUUGCCAUCUCAUUUAGUGGUUUCUUUGAUUACACAAUGUGUAAUAAAAAAUCUAAAUCAUUUUCAUAUAGUUUAAUUUUUAAAAAAAAAUU